AUGUCGUGCAAGAUUUUAUUACAAGCUCAGGAGUUGAAAAACAGAAGUAGAAGAAACCGUUGCCAGGUAUGAAGAAUGAAUGGAGCGAGAAAAAGAAGACAGAAGAAAAAAAAGCCCCCACCUGAGUUCAGUUUUGGUCACCGGCGUCAGCUUCAGGAGGGAAUCUCACUCCUUAGUUAGCUCUGUGACUCGACACUCUCCUUAACUAACUACAACACCUGCGCCUGGCACGAUUCUGCCACCAUUGUACUCUAUUGCGAACUUAUCACCAGCGAGUUUCCAGUCAACACCCGCUUAUUAUUGUGCCCCAAGAACAAGUCUUACUGA